AUGUCUUGCCAAGGGACAUUGGGCGAUCGGUCUUUCGGACCAAGAGUCGAUCACCAAUGUCGUUCAUUUGACUUUACUUUGUUCUUUGAAGACGUGUUUUUCGCCUGUUUACCUUCUGGCCUUCUCCUCCUUCUUGCGCCAGCGUCUUUCAUUGGCCUGAGUCGCAGACGCAUUGUUUCGACUCUCCAUUCCAAGCUGUCUCAUGGUAAAUUGACGACAUUGACCGCAUUGUUUGUUUUUCAGGUCGUCUAUCUUGCUCUGCGCAUAAGCAACCCCCCACUCAAGACGUCGGCAUCAACUCCUGCCGAUAUCCUAGCAGUAAUCUCAACGGUUGCAGUCUUUGCGCUCUCCGCCUCAACCCACCAAAGGUCCGAGAGGCCAUCUACGCUGAUUGUGUUGUAUCUUUCCGCAUCUAGUAUUCUGGGUAUUGCGCGACUUCGGACUUUGUGGCUCUUCAGCAAAGAACUCACGUUGCCCACCAUAUUUACUCUAAUCCUCUUCAUAACUAUUGUGGCUCUGGUCUUGGAAUCUCUUGCGAUGAAGAAGCGAUUGGCUGAUUCAGAACCUCCGAACGACGACAAGCACGCAACACCGGAACAAAGCAGCGGCUUCUGGGCGAGGACUUGCUUUUGGUGGUUGGCAAGGACGUUCCAUUUGGGAUAUACUAAAGUCAUAUCUUUGAGUGAUCUUCCAGGUCUUGACCCAAGCAUCAAAAGCCAAAGGUUGCACACAAGGCUUGCCAAAGUGUGGGACAAAUAUGACCAUGAACAACGGCAUAGUCUCCUUCAAGCUUGUUUCCGAAGUUACCUUGGUCCCUUCCUGUCACCAAUACUUCCCCGACUAUGUCUCAGCGUUUUCACAUUCGCCCAGCCAUUUCUUAUCAACACAACCGUCACCUAUGUCGCUGAAACCAAUCCCGACGUCAACUAUGGCAGAGGCCUAAUAUGCGCGUGGGCUUUAGUCUAUCUAGGUAUUGCGGCGAGCACCUCGGUCUACCAAUACCACAACUUCCGUUUUGCCACCAGACUCCGCGGGGGUCUGGUUGCUCUUCUCUACCAGCACGCUGUUCAUACCAGAGAGGUGGACAUGGGAGAAAUUUCCGCGGUCACCCUCAUGGGGACAGACGUCGAGCGGAUAUUUGGCGCCAUGUCCAUGUUCCAUUCAGUUUGGGCAUCGCUUCUCGACAUUGCUAUCGCCAGCUGGUUGCUUGGACGCCAGCUUUCACUGGCUUGCUUAGCCCCUAUUCUCCUCGUUCUAGUCUUCAUUGCAGCGACGUCCAGGAUCUCGGUGGCUACCAAAACAGCGCAGAUACGCUGGAUUGAGAGAAUUCAAGAGCGUCUUCGUGUGACGACGAUCAUGCUAGGCGAUAUGAAGGCUGUCAAAAUGCUUGGUCUCAGCCGUGUGAUGGCAAAUGUGCUCCAGAGGCUAAGAAUCGAAGAAGUCGAAACCUCGAAGUCAUUCAGGAAGCUUCUCGUUACAACGCUGCUGCUUUCGAUCACUCCAAUUAAUCUCGCCCCUAUUGUCACUUUCGCUGUUUAUGUCAUCGUCUCCGUCUUUUGGCAGCACACUACCUUAUUGCCAGCACAAGCCUUUACGUCCGUUGCCUUGAUUGCGCUCCUCACAACACCAGUCGUUGAGUUCAUUCAGCUACUUCCAAUGGUGGUGCAAUCGUUUGGGUGUUUCAGUCGUAUACAAGACUUCUGCAACUACAAUCGCAAGUCCACACUGAGCGAUGAAUGGACCGGCGCUCUAAUUCCGCAAGACCUCUCACCGGAAAUAGAACCUGGCCUGGAGCAACUCAAGAGGAUGGACCCCCUUUGUGAGACACAACAGCACAUUGUUUCCUGGAGAGACCAGAGCUUUGGAUGGACGAAAGAUCAACUGGUGCUGCAUGGAAUCACCGUCAAUGUACCCCGAGGCAUGUUGACUGUUGUAGUUGGUCCGGUAGGGAGCGGCAAAUCAAGCUUCCUGAGUGCAAUACUAGGCGAGCUCAAGUCUAGAUCCUCGAUUGAAGCUCCGGAGCCAACAGAGGGUAUUGGCAGAUGCGCCAUGGCUUAUUGCUCGCAGUCGCCCUGGCUCGAGAACGGGACUCUCCGGGAAAACAUACUCGGUAUCUCCGCCUUUGAGCAAAAGUGGUACGACAGCGUUGUCUCUGCUUGUGGACUCGAACCCGACUUAAAGGUACUCGAGAAGGGCGACCUGACUGUCAUUGGCAGCAACGGUGUUAAUCUCAGUGGGGGACAAAAACAGCGCGUCGCACUUGCACGAGCUGUCUAUUCAAGAUGUAAACUGGUCAUUCUUGACGACGUCUUUGGUGGGAUUGACGCUCAUACCUCUCGCCAUGUCACGACCCGCCUCUUGGGAUCCAAGGGUCUUUUCCGACAACAUCACAUAACAGCUGUGAUUGCAACACAUGAUCGCAGCAUUAUGCAAUUCGCAGAUAACUUGAUUGUGAUCGACAGCGGAAGAAUUCAGGAAGCUGGCAGCCCUAUGACUCUGUCUAAUGGGAAGGGAUAUGUCAUCAAGCUCGAGCUGAAGUGCACUUCUGGCGAUGUGAUCGAGGAGCUUGGGAAGGCUGAGAUAGACAAAGCCUCUGAGCCUCCCGAGAAGAUUACAAUCAGAUCAGCAGACACACAUUCUCAAGCCUCGCUAGAACAUACCGACAUCCGACGGAAGAACGGAGAGAAGGCAGUCUACCUAUACUACUUGAGAAGUGCCGGUAGGAAGGCUGUAUUUAUGUACACCAUCUCCGUUGUAACCUGGAUUUUCUUUUCCGAAUUUUCAACCGUUUGGAUAAAGUGGUGGUCUGAGCCUAACACGUCUGCGCCUAAGAAGAGUGUCGGGUACUACCUGGGCAUCUAUGUCAUGAUCGGGACCUUGGGCACGGUCGGCGCAUCUCUGGCCGCCUGGUUUGCCUUCCUCGACGUAGUGCCCAACACAGCUCUCGGCUUGCACAGCGAUCUUCUUCAAACUGUCUUUUCAGCAUCUUUCAGGUUCUUGUCCAAGACGGACAGCGGCGAGCUUCUCAACAGAUUCAGCGAAGACAUGCAACUUGUCGAUAUGGACUUGCCUGCGACGAUGGUGAACUACACCUCGACCGCUAUCUCGGUUCUGGCAAAAGCCGUCAUUCUAGCCGUCUUCUCUCAGUAUCUUGGAAUAACCCUACCGUUUCUUGCCACCAUACUCUAUUUCCUGCAACGGUUUUACCUCCAGACAUCACGCCAGAUACGACUUCUUGGGAUCGAAGCCAAGGCACCUCUAUAUACGCACUUCUCUGAGUCUGUUGCCGGUGGCGCAACCGUACGCGCUUUCGGAUGGCAGGCCCAGUACCAGAAGCGCAACUACGGCUACAUCGACACAUUUCAACGGCCAAACUACUUGCAGAGUUGUAUACAGGCUUGGUUGACUUUUGUCCUCAACCUCCUCGUGGCCGCACUAGCAGUCAUCUUGGUGUCUACGGUGGUGACUUGGCACGACAAGUUCAGCGCAAGCAGCGUAGGCGUGAGCUUGGUUAUGGUCAUUGGCUUCAGCGAGGUCUUGGCUCGUCUAAUUCAAAGCUGGACUAAACUUGAGUCCAGCGUCGGAGCGGUCGCUAGGGUCAGGCGCUUUUUGUUGGAGACGGAAACUGAAACUAGCGUCGGAAAUGCUUCAAUGCCGUUUGAGUGGCCUUCUUCCGGGGCUCUAUCCUUUUCUGAUCUUUCUGCAUCGUAUAGUCUAAGAGCUGAAUUGGUGCUCAAAGGCGUCACUCUCACCAUAGAAGCUGGUCAGCACAUUGCAAUAUGUGGCCGGUCGGGCAGCGGCAAGACAUCCCUUGUUCUCAGUCUAUUGCAGAUGAUGCAUGUGACGAAAGGCAUCAUUAAACUAGACGGUGUGAAUCUUGCGACAGUGGUGCAAGGUGAUUUCCGCUCCCGCAUCAAUGUGGUUUCUCAAGACCCGUUUCUGGUGCCUGGAACUAUUCGUUUCAAUAUUGACCCGUUCGGCAUCGUUUCGAACGACAGCGAAAUUUCCCACACUUUGGAAAAGGUCGGGCUUUGGGAUGUUGUUUCGAGACUGGGUGGAUUGGACAAGGACAUAGACUCUGCUGCGUGGUCGGCAGGACAGAGGCAGCUUCUUUGCCUGGCUAGAGCCAUGGUGCGGAGGUCCAAGGUUUUGAUACUAGACGAGGCAAUGAGCAGCGUUGAUGCCGUGACCGAAUCUGUCAUGCAGGAUGUGGUUGACACAGAGUUUGUGGGCUGCACGGUGUUGGCUGUGAUGCAUCGACUUGGACAUGUGGUCCGUUACGACAAAGUCGCCCUGCUCGGGAAUGGGGAGGUUCUGGAGUUUGGAACGCCAGAGGAACUGAUUUCAGCGAACACCAAGUUUGCUGAACUUUACCGAAUAGGCGGUAAUUGUUUCAAGUAGUGCCUUCAAGAAAUAUCUCGGAACUGAGGACAGCGCUGUAAGUGCAUUAGUCCAGAUUUGUCCUUUCCAUUGCUUCACAACGGUGUCAGCCGCCAUAGAGCCGGAAAUCGUAUUCUAGAGUCGCUUUAUCCAUG